AAGGUGUUGGUCGGAGUAAUUACCAGUUACCUGUCCAUCAAGGGGUCAGCCUACAAGAAACCAGUUUAUUAGAUGGACAAAUAAGCUAUUGCAAGAUUGAAGCGGAGAACGUUCAGGUUGGGUUUACUCCAGUUCCUGAACCAUCCAAACAGUUCUUCUUUGAUCUGGAAAAAAACAAUUACCACAUUCUGUUAGCAAGUGGGGCGUACACAGGGAAACUAAACUUCCAUGAGAAAAGAUAUAUUACAUCAAGUAAACCAGUCAGUUUCCAGUCAAAUUCACAGUUGCGGAAUAGGUCGCGUUUCUUGAUUCAAAUACAUGGAUCUGGAAUGGUUGUGGCUUGGUUAGGAUUUGCUGGGAUAGGGAUCAUAAUGGCGAGAUAUUUUAAAGAUACAUGGAUGAGAGGAGAUUGUUGUGGCUUGGCACAGUGGUUUCUAUGGCACAGGUUCCUCAUGAUGUCAACCUGGGGGCUUACAGUUGCCGCUUUCAUUUGUAUUGUUGUAGAUGUUGGGGGCUUUGAUUACUCUCUACCAUAUAAUAACCCACAUCCCUUCUUAGGCCUCUUGGUCCUUGCAUUAGUGUCUAUUCAACCGUUGGUUGCCUUGUUUCGUCCCUCUGCAGAUACCUCCUAUAGAUGGGUCUUCAAUUGGGCGCAUUGGUUUAUUGGUAACUCUACUCAUGUUAUAGCCAUUUUAACAAUGUUUUUCGCGAUUGGUCUGCCCAAGGCUGGUUUACCGACUGAGGUUACCUGGAUGCUCGUGUUUUAUGUAGGAUGGUAUUUAGUGACUCAUGUUGUUCUUUCGCUGAAUAUCUGCUGGGCCGACAACCUUCCCUCAUCACGCAGUCAAAUUUAUCCUCUUUCAGGGCGUGGAUCAGCUGAGAUUGGUAUUCUAGAAGAAAAUGUUUAUCUAGAGAAGGAUAAACCUGGAUCAGGGUGCAGAAUAUUUUGUUUAGCUCUACAUCUUGUCAUAGUGGUGGUAAUUAUCCUUCUAAUAGUUUAUGCUGUUAUAAUGGCACCUGACAAUAUGCUUCUGGAGUUAGGACUUAUCCAUCAACAAGUUUAGAUACUUCAAGACUUAUUCAUCAAGAAGUUUAGAUGCUUCAGGACUUAUUCGUCAACAAGUUUAGAUACUUCAGGACCUAUUCAUCAACAAGUUUAGAUACUUUAGGACUUAUCCAUCAACAAGUUUAGAUACUUCAGGACUUAUUCAUCAACAAUUUUAAAUACUUCAGAACUUAUCCAUCAACAAGUUUAGAUACUUCAGGACUUAUCCAUCAAAAAGUUUAGAUACUUCAGAACUUAUCCAUUAACAAGUUCAGAUGCUUCAGGACUUAUUUAUUAAAAAGUUUAGAUACUUCAGGACUUAUUCAUCAACAAGUUUAGAUACUUCAGAACUUAUUCAUCAACAAGUUCAGAUAUUUCAGGACUUAUUCAUCAACAAGUUUAGAUACUUCAGGACUUAUCCAUCAACAAGUUUAGAUACUUCAGAACUUAUCCAUUAACAAGUUCAGAUGCUUCAGGACUUAUUCAUUAAAAAGUUUAGAUACUUCAGAACUUAUUCAUCAACGAGUUUAGAUACUUCAGAACUUAUUCAUCAACAAGUUUAGAUACUUCAGAACUUAUCCAUCAACAAGAUUGUUCAAUAAACCAUACUUCGUAAAACCAAUUUGAACUAUUAUUUAUAUUUAUUUAACAAAUAUAUAUUUAUUAAUAUUA